CUUUUACUUGAACGGAGCCAAAUGUGCCGUCUCACCGAAAAGACUCAGAAAUCCCAUCACUACUACAGCGGAGAGAUUAGAUCCAAAGAGAGCACCACAAUCAACAGACACACUCAACAGGCAGGCGGUUAGGGCGUUGGGAUUUGACUGUCACAGGGACAAACUAAUAAGAGGUUAUAAUUCAUUGGAAUAGGCGGUUCUUGAGGUAAAGGUUGUCAAUUGAAAACGGAUCAACUGGAUUCUUGUACCCAGGGGAACAGGUGUAGUCCAGCAGUUGGUGAUGAUGACAUACUGAACAGUUCGACCUGGACAGGUGCACGAGAGUUGUGAUUGUAUGUUUGUUUGUACAGUUAUGGCUGUCCUGUUAUUAUUUUGUGUCUUGAUCAAUUAUGAGUAGCUAAACCAUAUCGACGUUUGGACACUGAUGCGCAGGAGAACCCCUAGCUGUCAAUCAAGCAGGCGCGGUGAACGGAUUAUGACACUCAACGUUCCAAAUGACGCAACAAUACAGUUCCAGAACAGAGAAAGUUAAUGCCGAAGAUGUUAUUCGGUUCCACACUAAAACUGCGCUUUGACAAGUGUGAUUUGAGAAAUAAAACUUGUAGACCUUUCCUGCAGUCUCUGAGGAGAUGGACACCUCUUCUUCUUCUGGACAAUCUCCGUCUCCUACUGGGACUGUCUUCUUACCCCCUCCUAUCAUGUGGAACAGUCUAUACAAGCAGGCAGAGAUGGAGGUUCAGUUCCUGAGGGAAGAGAAGAAGACCUGUACAGAGAAGGAAGCCCACAUGCUUGAGUUGAGGGGGAAGGAUCGAACGAUCCGAAAUCAGAAGAAGGAGAUGGACAGACUUCAAGUGUGCCUCUGGGAAGAGGAAAAGAAGAAGAGGAAUGGUGAAACGGAGGAGGACGCGAUGAUUGAACAACUACAGUCUGAGACAGACCAUCUCAGAGCCCUUUUGAAAGAUGAAAGGAGGAGAAGAAGAGUAGAAAGGGGUAUUAUGAAAGAGUGGAAGGCUGAGAUCCUGAGACUGAGGGAGGCAGAGAGCCACAGGGAGGCAGGAAGCCAGAGGGAGGCAGAGAGCCAGAGGGAGGCAGAGAGACAGAGGGAAGCAGAGAGAAAGAGGGAAGCAGAGAGACAGAGGGAGGCAGAGAGAGCCACAGAAUGGGAGAACCAGAGACAAAUGCAGGAAGUCAACAGACUCAAACAACUGCUGGAGCUGCUGAUGGUGGACCUACAACUGGCCCAUGUAAGACAUGUCAUUGUUAUUAUUAAAAGGCAGUGUAUGUUCACCCGGCUGAAAAUGAAUGGCGGCAGACAGCUGUAUGCUAACCCAAUGUUAACUUUUAUGCCUUUCCUAAACGUUAACCCUUACCUUAACCUCACUGAAACUAUACCUAACCUUUACCAUAACCCAACCCUAGGUCCUAAACCUAACCUUCAUUUAUCUCAACCCCUACGCCUUUCUUCUGCCGGUUGAAUAUCCACUUCCUUAUUAACGUCAUUACUGUUGUUGUUGAUAACUGUAUCUGUGCAGGUUGUAAAUAAUUGCAUUAGUGAAACAUCAUUUGUAGGAGUAAUUUCUACAAGCAUAAACAUCAGAGGCAACAUAAAAUUGCAAUGGGAAUUUCUCAACCCCCUAACUGAAUGGGCAAGCUAGUUGUGUGUUUGUAUUUGUACACAUUUUGGACAUAAUUGAUUCCAUAAAAUGUCUCAUAAUUUUUCAAACCAUGUCAAUACAUUAAUUGACAAUGAAUUGUCCAGAUGAAUUGAUCAAAAUGACCCUGCUAUUGAUGUUGUUCAGUGUUUGAU